UCGCGCCGGUGGUCGUGCAUCUGCGGCGUGCCGUCUACUGUCUACUGCUGCAUUCGAUUUUAUUGCGCGCAACGCGUUUUUUCCGUUGACGUUGACGUGGGUGAACAAAGCGCCAAUAGCGCGGCAUCGAAUAAUUAUCGCGUGUGUCUCAUCUCGCGAGGAUGAAAAUGCCUCGCAAGAGAACGUUCACGCUUCACGAGAUAUUCACUGGACGCAGGAACGGCACGAAGAAUCCGAGGUGAUCUUUGUGCUUUCAUUUUGCACAAAAGAUUCGGUUUUAUUCAAACAAUUGUGUUCGCACAAAAAAUGGAAGAAUCUCAAAGGUAUGAGGAAUCUGAUAUGUAUAAAGAACGCCCAUCUUGCAGUUUACGAAGAUUAGGAGAUAUGAUACCAGCACGGGUCGUACUGUAUAUGCUAUCGUUUUCCGGAUUCCUCGUAUCUUUCAUGAUGAGGACGGACAUCAACAUCGCUAUGGUGGCUAUGGCGAAAAUACCGUCAACAUCGAAUGAAACCAUUGCGGUAACGUCCCAUUGUUACACAAUGUCGAAUGUGUCACAUAUGGAAAAUACCAGUGUAAUCAGAUCGGAGGAGGAUGGCGAAUUCGAGUGGAGCCCAGCUAUUCAAUCAGCCAUUCUUAGCUCUUUUUACUGGUGUUAUAUACUAUCGCAAAUGCUUGGUGGUGUUCUUACUCAAUAUUUCGGCACUAAAACUAUAUUCGGCGGAUCUCAAGUCGUUACUGCGAUAUGCAGUCUUCUUAUGCCGACUGCCGCGGAAAUUCAUUACGGGGCAAUGAUAGCGUUACGCAGUAUACAAGGCAUCGCAAGUGGACUCACGUGGCCCGCAAUGUAUGCCGUAAUUGGGCACUGGAUUCCACCUGUAGAACGUUCACGCUUCAUGUCUUCCUUUCAAGGGUUCAGCAUCGGCAUUGGAUUGACCUACCCGUUGUGCGCAUUUAUCAUCGCCCAAUUCGGAUGGAGAGCCGUAUUCUACACGACUGGUACCAUCGGCCUCAUUUGGUGCAUCUUUUGGUAUUGCUGCGCUUUCGAUACUCCCGCUUUACAUCCCAGAAUAUCUAAGCUGGAACUCCGUUACAUUCAGGAACGUGUUAGAAAUCAAGUUAUUGGAGCAAACGAGGAUCUGCCUGUUCCUUGGAAAUCUAUACUCACGUCUUGGCCAGCAUGGGCUAUCGGUAUCACGACUUUUGGAAGAAUAUGGGUACAUUAUGUGUUUAUUAUUCCCGGUCCAAUGUACAUGAAGACGGUAUUAGGAUUCAGUAUACAGGCAAAUGGUAUCCUGUCAGGUGCCCCUUUUAUCUGUAGUUACUUAAGUUCUGUUGUAUUUUGCUACGUCGCAGAUCUCCUAGUUACACGGCAAAUCAUGACUUUAAUUACUGUGCGAAAGAUAUUUACUGCGCUAUCUCAAGUGGUUCCUGGAAUUCUCGUAGUUUUAAUUGGGUACUUAGGUUGUGAUAUUAUCCUCGUUUUAAUUGUAUGGUUUAUAGCUGUUACUCUCAUAACAGCUGGUUACGCGGGUGCAAUGGCUAAUAUCGUCGAUAUCGCACCCAAUUUUGCCGGGCCGGUAUUGGCGUUCGCACAGACAAUUCAUAUGACCGCUAGUUUCCUAUCUCCUAUAGCAGCUGGCCUGCUUACACAAGAAAGCCAAUCUCUCGAUGCAUGGAGAAAAGUAUUUGCAGUCACUGCAGGUGUAUCCUGCAGUACAUAUAUUGCUUAUCAAAUGUUUGGUACAGCGGACAUACAAGCAUGGAACUAUCCCGAUCAAAAAUAUCCUCAACCUAUUCAAGAAGAUUCUCAGCCAUUAAAUGAUUUAUCUCACAAAAAGAGCAUAAUUAUUUCAAGUCAAUCAAGUUUAUCGAAAUAAACGUAAGUUAUCUUUAUUUCGCUUUAUAAAUAUCAAAUUAAUUUAAAAUUUGUUUUUGCUUUUUAAUUGAUUUUAUAUUUUUCUGCUAUUAAUCUGAUUUCUUAUUAAAGUUCUCUCUCAGUUUUUUUUUUAUAAAAAAGCAAUUAUAUUAUAUUAUAUAUAGUAUAUAUAAUACUUAUUUUUUCAAUACUAUUAUAUUUCUAUAAAUAGACCUGAUUGUUAAUACUUAUGAAGAAAUGAUAUAGAUAUUAAGAUAAUAUAUAUAGCGUGAAGAUUAUAUUUUUAUGAAGAAUACCUCAGAUAUGUUGAAAUGUUUCAAUUCUCUGAUUAUGUAAAUGCACAAAUGUUUGAAAAAAUAAUUGGUUAUAAGUAAAGGAAAUUGUGAGAUAUGAUGAUAAGACAUCUUAUUUGGAUAGUCCGAGAUCUGCUGUUUCUUUGAUUUCAUUAUUAAUAUAUCUAAGCAGGCGAUAUUGAAAUACAUGUAUGAUUCAUGUAAAUUAUUGUCGCAUCUAUCGUUUAAAUUUAAACAAAAUUUUUCAUUUUAUUAUUAUUGUUUUUAAGGAAACAAAGCAUUUAAAAUUUUUUAUCUCAAUAGGAUAAAUUCAACAUCUCGCAAACACUGCACUCUAUUGAUAAGUAAUCUAUGCAAUAAUGUCCAACUUUGUUUACAUGCAUUCUUUAUUAUAAAGUGUAUUGUAUAAUAGUUUAUUCAUAAGAUGAUAUACAUAUAUAAGAUAACUGAUUUAUAAAAUGUGGAUCUCAUAAAGAUAUGAAACCAUUA